GUGUACUUUCGACCCCCGCACCCCUACACCGUACAUUGUAAGUAGUGCCCGUGUGUACUUUCGAGCCCCGCACCCCUACACCGUACAAUGUAAGUAGUGCCUGUGUGUACUCUCGAGGCCCAGCACCCCUACACCUUCACUGUGUAUCAGCAUAAGGUAGCCACCGGGACCUGAUCAUUCUGGACCUCAGGUUAGGUAACCAAAGUAGCUGUAACAAUUCCUCAUGUCCCUGUGGAGGUAGGCCGUUCCAAGAUGACACUCCCCUAACACGUCUGAGCUGAACUGAAAGGCUUAUCAACAUUGCCUGUGUUUAAGAUGAGUAGAACUCAGCCCCAAGAGUACUGCCCAGUCCGAGUCUUACAGACGCAUAUAGUUGGCACAGAGGUGACACGCUGGGACUUCAUGGGAGCUAUAGUGUGCAGCAUUGCUUGUCUUCUGAUUCAGAGAACAGUUUUGAAGGCUUUACUUUGGGAACCAACGGACUUUCAUCACGACAUGCCUGUAAAGAGAGGACGGCCAAAGAAGAAACAUGAUGAAGUGGACAAAAAUGUGUCGGGGGAGGAGGAGGGAGAUGGAUUGCUGUCAAGGAGAGCGUCAAACAGAAGACAGAAGAAAACAAUAUCGUACAACGAAGAGAGUCCAAAUGUCACGAAGAAAGCAAAACUUACAAGAAACAGCGUAUUUAAAGACGCCAAUGACAACGAAAUAACUGAAGCGUAUUCUAAAAUACCAAAGAAAGAAAAGAUAUCGAAAAGGACAGCAAAAACCGAACUAACAGAAAAAAAAGUGCUGAAGAUUAAAACAGAGGAAAAAGGGGUGACUGUUAAGACAAAGGGUUUAUUAAGAAAAAAGAAAAAGAAAGAGAAUAAAAUCAGUGAUGAAAAACAGAUAUCUGGUGACGAAGGUGAUAGAAAUACUACAGCAGAUGAUUUGAUAGAUAACAGUCCACAGGAGAAAGGCAACGAGAUACAGGGAACACCCCCCGGUAGAACCGAGGUCAUGUCGUGCAGCCCAAGACGAGGCUCUACCCCGGAUGUCACCGUGAACCUGGAAGCCACGUUUACAGUACAGUCACCGUCUGCACAGGAAGACGCUUGUUUGUCAGGGAGAGACACACCUCCCACUAAUGUUUCAAGGGAGGACUUGCGGGAAAACAACGUCACACGUAAAGAAACAAAUGACAUCAGCCUCACAAGUAAAGACACACGGGACACCGUCGUUACAGAUCAAGACACACAGGACACCGUCGUUACAGAUCAAGACACACAGGACACCGUCGUUACAGACAAAGACACACGGGACACCGUCGUUACAGAUCAAGACACAUGGGACACUAGUAGCACACGUAAAGACACACAGGACACCGUCGUUACAGAUCAAAACACACGGGGCACUGUCGUUACAGAUCAAGACACACAGGACACUAGCAGCAUACGUAAAGACACGCAUGACACCGGCGUCAAACUUACAGACACAUGGGACAAAAGCGUCGCACCGAAGGACACAAGCGUCACACAGGAAGGCACAGAGAACAGACGCGACACACAAAAAGACAAGCAUUACACUCACAUCACACGUCUGGAAAAUGCGGACACUUUGGCUGAGAAGGUGGCUCUUAAGCUUGCAUCUCAACAAAACGAUUGUCUCCGACCUCUUCUUGAGAAAAUGGAUGAUCUUAUGAAGGCGAUGGCUGACCUCUCCCAGGAAAACAAGGAACUCAGGCACACGUGUGGACAUGCACAGGCCGAUUGUAUUAGAGGAUCAAGUGAGGACAAUGCAGCUGGUUACAAAGAGACCACACACCCCUCUGCCGAGUGUUCAGAUUCUGCCGUUCAAACUUUACCUACACCACAAGUUCACGCCCAGACCCAAACCAUUGAAAACUAUCAGAGGGACACAUCUCGGGACGAGCUGACAAAUGUCCAAAACGAAAGGGACAUUUUGUGGGCGAAGUGUCAGAGCCAGACCAAGGUCAUUCGAGAUCUACAGAACGACCUGUACACGACACGAAACGACUUCAGUAAAGACAAAGUCACAUAUCAGGCGACUUUGGUGUCCGUCCUGGCGACACUCUCGGAUUAUACACGACUGUACAGCGAUGUUGUCGCCAGACUGUCACGUGAUAACCUCAGCCUGGAUGAACUCUGUAAAUUGAUGUCCGAAGCGAGCACGAGACACUCUCGAGACGACUGCAACACGACAGACGCACGGCGGAUGAGUGACGACCUCACCCUAACAGGCCCGCGGCGUGACAGUAACAGCACUUCUGAGCAGCCUGCUGAACUAGCGGAAAUUAAACUUGAACCUCGAAGUCCCCCAGGGAAUUGAAGCGGAAAGCCCCGGGGCCACAUCGGAGUGGCGUGACCAGCUAGAACGCCGAUAACCCAACGUCAAAGUUGUCAAUAUAAAAAUGUGUUUCUGUAAUAAAAUAAUAAAAGAGUA